GAGGUGACAAUCUAUAGAACGUUAAAUCUGCAAUGUCUCAUUUAUGUAUUUGAACCUACCACAAUUCAUCAAACAACACAUGUACCACAAUUCAUCAAACAACACAUGUCUAAAUUAUUCAAACUAAAGAAAGAACCCCUUAUGUUUUUGUAAUAUACACAAACCUCCCUCCAUAACAUUCAACUCUAUAAAUGUGAUUCAGUCUCCCAAUUUCUCCAUCUCUAAGCCAAGAUGAGAAGUGUUAAUUUCUUUUCCUUUUCUGUUUCUGUCUUGCUUAUAGUUUUGUUGGUUCAAGAAGCCAAUGGUGCAGUGUUUGGAGAAACCAAAAGGUUAAUCGAUAACGCUAAUAAAAAAGGGCCGUAUAUUGGCGUUGUGAUUCCUAACCUCUUUGAGAUGAACCCUCUUCUAAAUUAUCCCGAAUACAAGCCUAGUAACCUCAUCAUCGAUGUUGGAGGAAGAAGAUUUCGGUUUGGAUCAGUUGGCAACAAACGACUCAUUUUGGUUAUGACUGGUUUAGGCAUGCUUAACUCAGGAGUUACAACACAACUAUUGUUGAGUUUGUUUGACAUAGAAGGAGUUGUACAUUAUGGAAUUGCUGGGAAUGCAAACCCUUCACUUAAUAUUGGAGAUGUUGUCAUUCCUCAUUAUUGGGCUCAUUCUGCACUUUGGAGUUGGCAGAGGUAUGGAAAUGGUCCAGAAAACACAUUACCCCUUGAAGACCAAGAUGACUACACUCGAGACAUCGGCUACCUAAACAUUGCAGAGUAUUCGACGAAUUUUAGAUCUGACAACUUCUUGAACAACAUAUGGUAUCAACCGGAGGAAGUAUUUCCGGUGGAUGGAACACCAGAGGAGAGACAACAUGUAUUUUGGGUGCCUGUUGAGGAUGUUUACUUCAACCUAGCCAAAACUCUAGAGUCAUUGGAAUUAGAAGGAUGCUUGAAUGAAACAACAUGCUUAUCUACCCCACCAAAGGUUACUACCGUAGAUAAAGGAACAAGUGCUAGCAUCUACCUAGACAACGCGGCCUAUAGGACCUUCAUUUUCGACAAGUUCAACGUUAGCCCCGUGGAGAUGGAAAGUGCGGCGGUGGCUCUCAUUUCAUACCAACAAAGGGUGCCAUUCAUUGUUAUUAGGGCACUUUCUGACUUAGCGGGUGGCGGUGAACACUCCAACGAGGCGGAUACAUUCAUCAACCUUGCCGCUAACAAUUCUGUCAAAGCCGCGGUGGAGUUUAUCAAGUUGAUCCCGUCUCCUAGGAAAGAUGUUUCCUUUGCUAGCAUUUAGUGCUUUUGGAUCUAAUUAUGAAUUGUAAUAAGUUACACCAUUUGAAUAUGGUGUAGUUUGUCGAUCUUUUGCUUAAUGAAAAUAAACACCUUGUUUGGUUUGUCGAAUCAUGAACUCUUUUAUA